UUUCUCUGAAAACAAGGGUUGUGAGGGAAUGAGAGGGAAGACAAUGAGGAAAAACCGACCGGGAGAAACCCCCAUCCCCAAGCGCUUUCCCGAGAACUGACGGCGUUCCGGGGCUGAGCGAUCCCUGCGGAGCCAGCAGGCUUCUCCGGGGCGGGAGAGGCUUCCCGGGACCGGCUCUUCCCUUCGGAUGCUGAGGGGGAAACCUGUAGGAAACCCUCCCGCCGCGCUGCGAAGCCACCAUGAAUUCCGUGGCUGGAAAUAAGGAGAGGAUCGCGGUGACGGCGAGGAGCAGAAAAUACGGGGUGACCGAGCCCUGCUCCCCCACCAAGCCCGCCGCGCCCUUCUCCCCCGAGAGCUGGUACCGCAAGGCGUACGAGGAGUCCCGGGCUGCGAAUCGCCCGGCGCCGGAGGGAGCCGGCUCUGCCCUGGGCUCCUCGGGCACCCCGUCCCCCGGCUCCGGCACCUCCUCGCCGGGCUCCUUCACCGGCUCGCCGGGACCCGCCUCGCCCGGCAUCGGCACCAGCUCCCCCGGCUCCCUGGGAGGCUCGCCGGGAUUCGGCACGGGCUCGCCGGGCUCCGGCAGCGGCGGCGGCUCUUCGCCGGGCUCGGACCGCGGCGCCUGGUGCGAGCACUGCAGCGCCCGCCUGGCGGAGCUCAAGAGGCAGGCGGCCAAGCUGCUCAUCCCCGGCCCCGCCGGCAGCAAGGACCCAGGUUUCUCUUCGGUGAUUCACGACAAGCUCCAAGUUCCCAAUACUAUUCGUAAGGCAUGGAAUGAGAAGGACAACAGAUGUGAUGUUUGUGCCACACACCUGAACCAACUGAAGCAAGAGGCCAUUCAGAUGGUGCUGACCUUAGAGCAAACUGCCAACCCAGAACAUUAUGAUGCCUUGCCAGGCUCUCCCCCACCUCUCUCCAAUAUUCCCACGUUAGUGAGUCCCCGGCACAUGGGCAGCCUGCAGCCCAGGGACUGGGCAUACGUGCCUGCUCCUUACACUACAUCAAAUUAUACAGGCUUUGUUGCCAACAAACACAGUGGAAAACCCAACAGUCUAGGAAUCGUCAAUGGUGUGGAGAAGAAAAAUGGCUCUCCUGGACACCAAGCCAAGGUCAGCUUUCAAGUGGCCACCAGCCCCAGCAAUGGCAAUGUUCUCAACUCUGUGGCUAUCCAGGCUCAUCAGUACCUUGAUGGCACCUGGUCUUUGUCAAGAACGAAUGGUGUUACUCUGUAUCCCUACCAAAUAUCUCAGCUUAUGUCGGAGACCAGUCGAGAGGGACUGACUGAAGCAGCACUGAACCGCUACAAUGCAGAUAAACCCUCCUUGUACAGCUUCCCUGCUUCCCAGAGCACAUAUGUUGCCAGUGAGGUAUCCACAGGCACCUCGGUGGCAGCAUCAUUUUUUGCCAGAGCUGCUCAGAAACUGAACCUGUCUUCCAAAAAAAAGAAGCACAGGCCUUCUGCAUCAUCUGUUCCCGAAUCUCCUCUCUUCUCUACCAGCUUCAGCAGUAUCCUUCAGACUUCCCCACCCCCUGCACCACCGUGUUUGUUGAGGGCAGUCAGCAAAGUGAAAGACACCCCUGGUUUGGGCAAGGUCAAAGUCAUGGUGCGCAUUUCUUCCACCCUUGCCAGAGACACGUCUGAGUCCAGUUCUUUCUUAAAAGUUGACCCCCGUAAGAAGCAAAUCACACUGUAUGACCCAUUGGCCUGUGGAGGUCAGAAUGCUUUCCAGAAAAGGGGCAACCAGGUUCCACCCAAGAUGUUUGCUUUCGAUGCAGUUUUUCCCCAAGAUGCAUCACAGGCUGAAGUAUGUGCUGGGACUGUGGCUGAGGUGAUCCAGUCUGUGGUCAAUGGGGCAGAUGGCUGUGUGUUCUGCUUUGGCCAUACUAAGCUUGGGAAGUCAUACACCAUGAUCGGGAAGGAUGAUUCCAUGCAAAACCUUGGCAUAAUUCCUUGUGCCAUCUCCUGGCUCUUCAAGUUGAUUAAUGAACGCAAAGAGAAGACAGGGGCCCGCUUUUCAGUCCGAAUUUCUGCAGUGGAAGUGUGGGGGAAAGAAGAAAAUCUGAGAGACCUGCUGUCAGAAGUGGCUACAGGCAGCCUGCAAGAUGGCCAGUCCCCAGGUGUCUACCUUUGUGAGGACCCAAUUUGUGGCAUGCAGCUUCAGAAUCAGAGUGAGCUCCGUGCCCCUACAGCAGAGAAGGCUGCCUUCUUCCUUGAUGCUGCCAUCGCCUCGCGUCACAGCAGCCAGCGGAACUGCGAUGAGGAGGAUCACCGCAACUCUCACAUGCUCUUCACUCUGCAUAUCUACCAGUACCGCAUGGAGAAGAGUGGCAAAGGAGGAAUGUCUGGAGGUCGCAGCCGCUUGCACCUUAUUGACCUGGGUAGCUGUGUGAAAGUGCUCAGCAAAAACCGGGAGGGAAGCUCUGGUCUCUGUCUCUCAUUGUCAGCACUGGGGAAUGUCAUCCUUGCCCUUGUCAAUGGAAGCAAACACAUCCCGUACAAAGACAGCAAGCUCACCAUGUUGCUUCGGGAGUCUUUGGGGAAUAUGAACUGCCGCACCACAAUGAUAGCUCACAUUUCAGCUGCUGCGGGGAACUAUGCCGAGACACUGUCCACCAUCCAGAUUGCAUCAAGGGUCCUCAGGAUGAAGAAAAAGAAAACCAAGUACACAUCAAGUUCUUCUGGAGGAGAAAGCUCUUGUGAGGAAGGCAGGAUGCGGAGGCCAACCCAGCUGAGGCCUUUCCAUUCUAGAAACACUGUUGACCCAGACUUCCCUAUUUUGCAUUUAUCAAGUGAUCCUGAUUAUUCGUCGAGCAGUGAGCAGUCGUGUGACACGGUGAUUUAUGUUGGCCCCAAUGGCACUGCCCUUUCUGAUAAGGAACUGACAGAUAAUGAGGGUCCCCCUGACUUUGUUCCUAUAGUUCCUGCUCUGCAAAAGACCAAAAAUGAGGGCAGGCUGGAGGAAUCUAGUGAAUCAGGACCCAGCAAAUCUGAGAGAGACUGCCUGAAAUGCAACACCUUUGCAGAGCUCCAGGAGAGACUGGAUUGUAUAGAUGGCAGCGAAGAGACCGACAAAUUUCCUUUUGAAGAGAUGCCUGCUCAAUUUAGCUCAGACCAGAUGUCGAAGUGCUCUGUCUCAAGCCAGCUGGCAGAGCUUAGCCACUUACCAGAGUCAGAUAAGGAAGAUACGAUGCCAGAAUGUCAGCAUCCUGAUACAGAAGCCAAGGAAAAUAUAAAUGCAACACCCAGCAAAACUAAGAGAAAUAACUCCCCUGUUCCUUCUGGAGCACUCACUAAUGUUUCAACUCCUUCUUCUCCCAGGAGUGUAACAGGAAGCUCUAGUAAAGAGCUUAGCUCUUGUCAGUUAGCACACAGCACCAGCUUGCAGAGCAGCAGAGAGGGUCUAAACACCUGUGGAUUUGUGGAAGGCAAACCUCGGCCAAUGGGUUCACCCCGGCUUGGCAUUGCAAGCCUCUCAAAGACAUCUGAGUACAAACCACCAACUUCUCCUUCCCAGAGGUGCAAGGUCUAUACACAGAAAGGAGUCCUGCCCAGCUCCACUCCCCCACAAGCUCCCCUGGGUACUGGGAUGACGUCUAGUGAAUCUGUAUUGCAGCCAGAAAUCCGGACUCCACCUGUAGGCAUGAGCCCUCAGAUCAUGAAGAAGUCGGUGUCCUCCAGCAAUGGGGAUUUUGAGGAGAGCACUCUUGAAGAAGAUCGGCAACAAAGCAUUUCUCCGGAAUCCAAGAAGGAGAUUUUGAGCACCACCAUGGUGACUGUGCAGCAGCCAUUAGAGCUGAAUGGAGAGGAUGAGCUGGUGUUCACGCUUGUAGAAGAGCUAACCAUCAGUGGGGUCCUUGACAAUGGGCGCCCAACCAGUAUCAUCAGUUUCAACAGUGAUUGCUCUGUGCAGGCUUUGGCCUCUGGGUCCAGGCCGGUCAGUAUUAUCAGCAGCAUAUCUGAAGAUCUUGAAUGUUACUCCAGUGCAGCUCCUGUGUCUGAAGUUAGUAUCACUCAGUUCCUUCCCCUUCCAAAGCUAGGCCUGGAUGAAAAAUCCCAGGAUGAUGACAGCAGGCGUUCAUCCAUCAGCUCAUGGUUGAGUGAAAUGAGCACAGGGAGUGAUGGUGAACAGUCGUGCCACAGCUUCAUAGCCCAGGCAUGUUAUGGGCAUGGGGAAGCAAUGGCAGAACCCCCUGUCUCAGAGUUUGCGAACACCAUACAAAGUGCCAGCAUGAUUUGUGUAAGUGACAAGCAGAAGCCAGUGACUGACAACAUGCUUAUACUGUCAGAAAUGGGGGAAGAAGCUUUUGGCAAAGUACCACCCAUAAAAGGUUGUAAAAUAUCAGCUCUAGGGAAAACUACGGUCACAAUCAAAAACACUGCAAGCCUCAGCAGGUGUGAAGGCUACAUCCCAAUGAGGACAAACAUUACCGUGUAUCCAUGUAUUGCUGUUAAUCCCUUUAAAGCACAAGACACUGAUGACAUACCAGCAGUAACUGCAGACCCAAAGGUCGUCCAUCCCCAUGAUGGGAAAGAAUCCAGUGCUAAGAAGGAUAUCAAAUUUGACGACCCUUGGCUGAAGAGAGAAGAAGAUGUAAAAAAGGACAGCUCUGGCAGCAGUGAUGGGCCAAGGCCUGACCCAGCCACAGUUUCAGCCAAGCCCGAGUACAGCACAAAGGAGUCCUCAGCAGACAGGUUUAGCAGCAGCAGCAGCAGCACUGGGGAUGCCUCUAUUUCCCCAGGAUCUGACAGUCUAAAGAGGAUUGUGGAUGGGUGUGAGGUGGCAAUGUCUGGCUCUGCAAACCAAAGCCCUGUUCAUUCUAGUGAUGGCUUGAAGAAUGGCAGCCUCCCUCGAGGGCUCCCAAAGGCAAGCAAACUGGAAGAGCCUGACAGUCACCUCCAUCCUUCUGCUACUGACAUCAGCGGAGUUGGCUCUCCUGCCCUCCCCCAAUUUUCUAAGGCUUGCCUUGACAAGAAAAUGGUGUCUCCCAAACACUGUGUCCUCACUCGUCCCAAAGGGACCCCUCCUUUGCCACCAGUGAGAAAGUCAAGCUUGGAUCAGAAGAACAGAGCCAGUCCCCAGCACAGUGCAGCCAGCAGCACAACAAGCAGUCCCUCCAGCCAGCCCAUGUCCUUCCUGGCCAGCUUCCCCGAGGAGCUGAAUGCCAAACAGAAGGGUCCUGGCAUUGACAGCGGUGGCAACAGCAACAGCAGCAGCAAGCUCUUCAGUGCCAAACUGGAGCAGCUUGCCAGCAGGACCAACUCCCUUGGGAGGUCCACAGGAAGCCACUAUGAGUGUUUGUCGCUGGAAAGAGCAGAAAGUCUGUCCUCUGUGAGCUCCAAAAUGAGCCCUGGCAAAGACACCACCAUGCCUAGGGCUGGAAGGAGCCUCAGCCGCAGUGUCAUGUCCUCACCCACCAAUUCGGGGCUCUCCCAGUCCGCAGGUGCCUCCCCAAAAGCCAGCCAGUCAAAGAUCUCUGCAGUCAGCAAACUCUUGCUGGCAAGUCCCAAGGCCCGCAGCCUGUCUGCCUCUGCCACCAAAACGCUCAGCUUCUCAACCAAGUCUCUGCCUCAGUCCAUAGGGCAGAGUUCCAGUUUGCCUCCAAGUGGGAAGAACAUGUCCUGGUCAACGCAGUCCCUCAGCAGAAACCGGGGCUCAAGCCUUGCUUCCAAAUUGCCCCUCCGGGCUGUAAACGGGCGGAUUUCAGAGCUGCUUCAAGGGAGCACCAGUGCCAGGGGCUUACAGCCGCGGGGAACCUCAGAGGCAGACGACCGUGGGGGACUUCCUGGAGAUGAGAAGCCAGCUGUUCACAUUCUGCCUUCACCUUACAGCAAGAUCACCCCUCCUCGGAAACCUCACCGCUGCAGCAGCGGUCAUGGGAGUGACAAUAGCAGUGUCCUGAGUGGGGAGCUGCCUCCUGCCAUGGGGAAAACAGCCCUCUUCUACCACAGCGGAGGGAGCAGUGGCUAUGAGAGCAUGAUGAGGGACAGUGAGGCAACGGGGAGUGCCUCUUCAGCACAAGACUCCAUGAGUGAGAACAGCAGCUCCGCAAGUGGCAGAUGUCGAAGUCUGAAAAAUCCAAAGAAACGAUCAAACACAGGUUCACAGAGACGGAGGCUUAUUCCAGCUUUAUCACUUGAUACUUCUUCUCCAGCAAGAAAGCCCGCCAACAGCCCAGGGGUCCGCUGGGUGGAUGGACCCCUGCGUAGUGGGCAGAGGGGACUGGGGGAACCCUUUGAGAUCAAAGUCUAUGAGAUAGAUGAUGUGGAGAGGCUCCAACGGCGACGAGGUGGGGACAGCAAGGAAGUAAUAUGUUUCAAUGCCAAGCUGAAAAUCCUGGAGCAGCGCCAGCAGAGAAUUGCUGAGGUCAAGGCCAAGUACGAGUGGUUAAUGAGAGAACUGGAGGUGACCAAACAGUACCUGAUGCUGGAUCCUAAUAAAUGGCUCAGUGAAUUUGAUCUGGAGCAGGUAUUUGAGCUGGAUUCUCUGGAAUACCUGGAGGCCCUAGAAUGUGUGACUGAGCGUUUGGAAAACCGUGUCAACUUCUGCAAGGCCCAUCUCAUGAUGAUCACCUGUUUUGAUAUAACCUCUAGACGCCGAUAAAGAAUGAACCUCAAAAGAAUUUCAAUGUGCAUCUUUGCCAUCCUCCUUUCUCCUUCUGAAUAGCAUCCCAAAGACAACAGAAUGAGGAUGAAGGUUGGAGUCAAGUCUCAACUGUGUGUAUGAGAGAUUUGCUUUACUAUACAGAAGAGCAGUAUUAAAAAUACCCAAGAUGAUCAUGAAAAAUGGAGAUAUAAGCUUGUUGAUUCUCUUAGCCUAAAAGAGCACUUUGAGGAACCUUUAAGGACAUGUCUGUAAAUAAGAACUGGUGGCAGAAGACACUUCUUUCCCUAAGUUAGCUGAGGGAGGAAGAAGGGUGGUUGUAGGACUUCCAUUGAGAGGUUCAUUAAAAGAAAACCUAUCCAGAAAAACUGUUUAAGUGCCUUGCAAAUCUUUAUUAUCCAAACAUUUAUGUUCAUACUUUAUUGUGUACAGAUGGUGCUAGUCAAGAAAAGAAAAAGGAAAAAAACAAACACACUUUUGAAAUGUAUUUACAGCUUGUUUUUCUCUUGGUGUUUUCUCCUAUUUCAGACUUGCUGUUUCUAAGUAACUUGUGUUUGUAGAGAUAUUUCCUAAUCAGUACAACAUAUGAAUAAAUGUUAACUGUCUUUUCUUGUUACUAGAGUAAGGCCACUCAAAGAGAGAUUCAACUUUGAAACAAAAAAAAAUAUAUAUAUUUCUAGCAGUGAGUGACAUUUGCUUCUAUGUUCUUCUCUACUGUCUUAUAUGCUGGAGGACACAGUAAUUUUCCCAUCUUGUAGGUUCUGCAGUGUAUGAGAGAUGAGAGGUGACAUUACCAUGAAGUAAAUAUCUUUUCCAUUUGAUCUAACCCCAUAACUUGUUUUCUUUUUCCUGUAUUUUUUAGCUUUAUAUGGGUUAGAGUUAUGCAUGAAGAGGCACUUGUAUCCUGAUCCCUUUCUUUGGUGCUAAUAACUUGCUGGAAAAUAUUCUUUAGGCUGAGGGUUUCCAUGCUUCUCAGUCCAAAAAUGAGUGAUUUAUUCUGUGUUUCUUUCUUGAGACUAUGACUGAUAAAAUUUAGCUUCACCUCUUUUUGACAUAUACCACUGGAAAACAGGUUUUGGCUGCUUUUGGUCCCUGUCACAAUCUGUUCAAAGUCACAGAAUUACCUGAGAAGUACGGGCUUUGUUCAGCUCAGUUAGUCUGGAAAUAAGCAGGAGUUAUGAGUGAGUGGAUAUAGCACUUCAUGUUGGCUGUGGCAUUUUCCUUAACACUCAAAUACUGAAGCCAUAGGAAAAUUUACAUUGACAUUAAAAAGACGGUGGUCUGUGCCUCAAUGCACAUUCAAAUGUUCUACUUGUUUCCAUCUCUAUCUACAAAACAGUACAUGGGAAAGAACAUCCUUUGUAUUUCUUUAAGAAAUGUGCAAAAUCUGCAUUUUAAUUAUGUAUAAGCAUGAAGAAUCAUUUUCUUGAAUUAGGUUUCUUCUUCUAUAUUAGAAUAAGCCCGUUCACAGAAAUUCCUCUCUCAUAUACACUUGUGCUACUCUCCUGUUGCUUAUGAGAAAAUAAGAGCAUCAUUGAACAUAUACUCAGUAUGCAUCAAUUUAUUGCUGUACUUAAGUGCAACUCUUCUUUUACCUGCACCAUCAUUUUCAUGCCUGAGAUACUGUUUUUCUAGUUGUUAGCUUUUUUAAAAAAAAGAGAUAGAAAUAACAUUUAUAUAGUUCUUUUUUUUCGUGUUUCUUCUAAUACUCUACAGCUUGUGCUAACAAGUCUUAUUCAUUCUAUUAGCCUUGUUGCUGGAUUUUGUAGAAGAUCUUUUUUACAUCCAGUAGGAUUAUUUGCAGGGAAAAGAAGUCCUAUAUGAAAGUUUCUUUCUAGUCUAUUCCAGAGCAUUUUCCUAUCAUGAAAUUCAUAUUCCAAGUAAGUAUUAAAGACAUAGGUCCCAUCUCUCUCUCUCAAGGCAAGCAAAACCCUCUGACAUCUUCCCCACCCUUCCAAAUGAUGUGAUUUAUCUACCUUUGUUUCUCUUUGUAAUGAUUUCAGUAGUGCUUGUUAUGUAUUAGUUCUGUUGAAGCCAUCUCUUCUCAACAUCACCCUAUGAAUUCAUUACAGUUCCACAGAGCCAUGGGAAUCAUCUCUGCAGUUUUGUGCUGGAUGAAAACCUAACACCCUCUCUUUAUGGGCUUAGUCCCAUAGAACCCCAGAUACAUGCUGUCACGGACAAGAGAGAAACUUCCACAGCCAACAAUCAUCUCUCGCUCACCUUCAUCCCCAGGCGACCUGCACCGCUCUCACCUGUGACACUGCGCUAAGCCUGUCUCCCAAGCCACUUCCCUACAUUCAAGGAAGGUCAGCCCACCUCCUACCGCGAACUGUGCAUAUAAAGUUAAAUGUUGCCUUCUUUCAGCUUAAGGAUUUCUUAAAAUGUGUUUGCUGGAAGUUGGUCAUUGGUUAAUUGGGAUGUAUUGUCCUUCCUCUGCUGAAAACUAGCAGCCCAAAAUGGGCACGUUAAGGUCCAGGGGGACCUGAUGGGAUAGUAAAUGGCAAGCAGUACAGUAAAAUUAAAAACAUGCACUUGAUAGAAAGUGGAAUCUUAGUAAAUGGUGCAUGCACAGAAUGCAUUAUUACCCCACUCACAUAGUUUGAGACUUACAGAGAAGUGGUGAUGUUUCUGUAAACCAAAUGGAUGCAUUUCAGAGCUAUUGUAGAAUAUCUAUUAUGUGUAAUAUUCCUCAGCAUCAUUAACUCAAUUUCAUUGCCUCUAGAUUUGGUUCCUUUGUAGAUUAGGAAGCACAACAAAAAGUGCCUCUAUCUACCCACUGUUUUAAACAGUAAGAGCACGUUUGCCUUCUUUGUCACGAUGGACCAAAAUUAAUUCCUGAAACCAAAUGGAUUAUGCCAAGCAGUCAUUUGGCAUACUGAAAAUUAUCUAUUAACCAAGCAGAAUUGCAGUCUUUACAAAUAUAUGAUUUUUGAGGAUUUAAUUAGGGUAGCCAUUAACACUCCCAUCAUAUACUACUAGCAUUCAUACUAAUAGUAAAAUCCAUACUAAUCUUCUCUUUUUUGACUUCGUGUCUGUGCGUUUCAGAAUUUGCCACUUUUAGGAAUCGUGGUGGCUUAAUGCAUAAAAAGGGAAUAAAAUUUAUGGAGUUUUGACAUCUGUGAGAUGUUUUCUGUUUGGAAAUAGCUUUUUACUUCAGUAUUUAUAUUAUUAUACUUCAAAUGUCCACAAAACAGGUAAUUAAAAGCAGCAGGAACAUAUUAUGAAAUUUGUCUUAGUCUGCAGUAGCCAGCAUUUUACAGAAGACCCAUAUACUUCCGCAAGUCAUCCAGGACUUCCCAUUCUUUAAGCAACUGCCAGAAUAAUGCUGGUUUUAUGCUGAUUUUUUAAAAGGCAUCAAGUUGCUCAAAAUACACAAGAGCAAUGUGAGUGUAAUGCUUAAUAGUUUUGAUGUUCAGAAAUCAAUCUUAUUUCCCUUGUAGGAAACAACAAUGUUAAUGUAAUCAGGUUUGAAGGUUAAUUCUUUGUUUGUGUGCAUUAGCAGGAGUUCACAGUUCUUCAUUGCCUGGUUGUGCGAUGGCUGCAGAAUAGCACCUCUGCGCUGCACCCGCACGGCUGUGCUCGGGCAGCUGGGCGGCAGUUUGGGCUUCAUUCCGAGAAAUUGGCCAAUGUGAACCUUACUUAUACAUGAGACAGAAGUUGCUUUAUACCUACAAAUUCCAUCAAAACCUUAGGCUGGAAGGUUUGGCUGUGAUCUGGAUUCAAGCAUCCCGCUGGUCUGCGUGAGCUCUUGCAGUGGGCAGAAAGCCACAGGUUGCACAUCCACCAACUCGUGUGCUGGGUCGUUUAUUAGCCCAGAGGGCGUGGGAGAGCCCUAGGGUGUUAUAAUGAUACAUAUCUUUUCCUCUGCCUCAAAAUUGGUAUUUGCCUCAAAACGAUUCAAUUCAUUCAGGUCUAAGCAAUCAGAUGUAUUAUUUCACAGAAACACAAGGCAGGAAACUAAUACUCAGGCUCUCCUUUCUUAGGUUUUUGCAGGGUCCAUUCUCAUCUCACCUGUGCUGGUGUAACUACGGCAUAAUUGUGUUAAGCAUCAGGAGAUUUAUAGCAGAGAAAACCAAGUUGCGAGGAAGAGGAAAAUUUGUCCACCUGCUACCACUUUGGGUAUUUACUGUGCUGUUAGUUAUAUAGUGGAAGAAUAUACUCCUCUUAUGCAUUUGAUACCCUUCAUUUUUGCCUAAGGCCAUGCACAGGGCUGUCACUGAAUAUUUGCUGGCUUAGAUCCAGUCUUGGAAGACUCCCAGUGCCACACAAUGUAACUUCUGAAACUUGGAGCUGCAUAAAACUAACUGGUGAAGAGCAAUAGCCUGAUACUCUGACAUGAAUGCAAGCUGAGUGGAAGCUGCAGAUAAUGUACAAGAAAGGAUGAAAGAUACACACUGGUAUCUUUUUUCUUUCAUCUCUGAACAUGGCAAUUACAGAGGCAGAAAGCUGGGUGUGAUGCUGCGAGUAAUGCACAUCAAGUCUCAAGCUUGCUCACAGGACAAACAGUCUUGAAGUGUGUUUUUGGUUUUUUUUUUUUUUGCAUCAGUCUCAAUAAUAUGGCUUGUCUUAAAAUAGCAAUUAUUACCCUUGGCAUGGAAUUCAAAUUUUAUGACAGCUGGAGGAUGUAGGCUCUUUUACAAACAUUUGUGAUUUUGUUGCAUCUUUUUCUUUUCUGGAGCUAAAAUAAAUCAUAAAAAUAAAGUGUAUAUACAUACAGACAGAUGUGUAUGUACACAGCCUGAGACAGUCCUCUCACACAUUAUUGUGAAGAGAUGGCAUAGCUGUUCACAAAUGACAACAACAUCACUUUCUCUUCCUUGUCCAAGAAGUACCUACAAAAUCUUUCUUGCACUCAGUAGGAUGAAGCUGACUUGUGCCACACUACAGGGGAAAAUUUAUGCUUGAAACAUUUUUGAAGGCUUCUUUUAAACGUCUUUUCUUCCGCGUAUUCUUCAGCCUUCAGUGCCAAGUUAUGGCAAUUCCCAUGUAGAGGCAGUCACUGAAACAUUAAUGUCUCUAGAAAUAAUCCUAAUGAACUACUCUAUAUUUCAGGAUGUUCAUGAAUUUAAGCUAUUUUACAUUCAUGGCUGUUAAAUACCACAAUUUCUGCACAUGCAUGAGGCAUACAGCAUAGUUACAUCAGUUGAAACCCUGGACUCUUAAGUCUCAUGAGCUUUCUGUCUAGUCCUAAGAGUUUUAAAAUUGUAACUUGAAGCUUCUACAUUGCAGAUGCAAAUGUGGUUCUCAUAAACC